UAAUUUUCGUAUUUUCAUGAUGUAAGGUUCGCGAUAUUUUAGGGUUAUUGUAGCAAAGCCUAGACAAGGAUAAAAAUGGAGAAAACUCCGGCCUCAGCAAAACCCGGAAAUUCCUCAUCUUCCAAAAUUGAUCCAAGCUUUAAAUCCAAGAGGUACAGGGAUAAGCUACGGACAGAAAUUAAAGCAUUGGAGUGCCUUAUUCCCGUGGACAGGUCGUCUCUUCACCGGAAGUUGGACAGUCAGACGGUCUUCCGGCUUGUCAUCUCCUUCCUCAGAAUCAAGCUCCUCUUCAAAGCAUAUGAAAAAUCCAAUACUUUAUUACAAACUGGAGAACCCAAUGAUGAAGCGUCACAUCCAAGUGCAGAACAAUUCUUUUGCGGAAGAAACAUAUUUCAGAUACUUGAUGGGUUUGUGUUAGCUGCAACUACAGAUGGGACAGUGUUAUAUGCAUCGGAUAAUGUUUUACAAUAUCUAGGAUUUAACCAGGUGGAUUUGAUGCACCGCUGCCUGUACGGCAUUGUGCACCCUGAUGACCACGACAACAUGAAGAGUGUACUGGAGCGGCACGGCACGGCAUCCGUACAACAGAUGACCAACGAUCUUCUUUCUGAGAGCGAGAAGGUGUCGUUUGUCUGUCGAAUGAAGUGUUUCAACGGGACCUCAGCUGGAUACCUGAAAAUUCACAGCUCUGGCAAAAUUGAAAAUAUUCCUGAACUUUCGUUGAAAAGUAAUCAAAACCCACCACAAAUCAUGCUUCUUUUUUGCCAACCAUUCAUGCUGACCGGAAGUGACCUCACAAAUGAUGUGAAACAAAACGUAUUCUGGAGUAAACAUGAUAUGGACCUCACAAUCCGCGAGUUGGACAAAAAGGCAUACGACAUUAUAGGAUACAGCGCAGAUGAACUCAAUGACGUCACUUUAUACAAAUAUGUCCAUCCAGAAGAUCUCGUGACGUUUGCAGCAUGUCACAAAACUUUGAUGGAGAGUACAGAAGUACAGACGAUGUAUUUCCGGAUAGAAACGCGGAAUGGGAAGUGGAUUUGGCUGCACAGCAGAGGAAAAGUGAUCAGCAAAAACUCCAAGAAGUUCUCCAUCGUCUUCACGCACUGUCCCGUCAGGGAAGAAGACAGUACAUUUCUACAGCAAGAAACGGCGCUCCGUCAGCGAUACGCCAUUGGUGACCUUCAAUUCUUUAUCCAGAAUGGACACUACAGCAGCGGUGGCCAUAGAUCGGACUCUGAGGGCAACAAUGAAGACAUUCACGGUAUGCAGAAAGUCAGCAACUUCUGCACGCCACACAUGGGGUUCACUGAGGAUGUGUCCCUGUCCUUUUAUACGCCAUUGGUCACGUGUCCCUCCAGUUGGCACAUGCUCUCUGACCGCCAUUCCCCAGUCUUGCCGUCAACGCAUGUAGCUCACAAAAUUACUCAACGCGAGAAGCAGCUUCAGUUUCAGGAGUUCAAGCGACGACAGCAGAUCGAGAAGGCUGUGAUAAAAACAGAGUACAAUGUCUACACUACCCCUCCCCAGAAUUCUUGCCAGCAGCAGUUUACCGCGCAUGCGCCCCCUGUUGAACCUUUUGUGUCUUUCAAACCAUGUGGCAAUGACGUUCAGAUGAUAAAAGCCGAACCACGUGAUAAUUUUUACACGAAUUGUGGUCACGUUAUAAACUAUCCUAAUGUCAAUAAAAACUACCAUCAUGUCCCGUCACCGGUUUACAUGAAUCCUAGCGACCCACCAUCUCAACAACAUUGGAAUACGAUGGGCCCGCCGAAUUAUCCCAACGUUCCGCCCAAUGUCAAUGUCUAUAACUUCCCACCGUCUCCACCAAAUUCACCCCAAAGAUUACCAAAUUACCCAUACCAGAUUUAUCACAAUCAAGUUCAUGAAAAACCCAAUGCAUCGUUCGUUCAUUCACCAAUAAACUGUUUGCCAAAUCAGUAUGACCAAUGUCAAAUUAACGGAAUUCCCAAUAACCAACCUACCCAACCAAUCCACCACAUACCAAACCAGUACUUUUCGAACGGUUACAUGAAAUCUGACAAAGGGGUUAAGUUCUCCGUUCGUUGCAAUGCUCCCCAGCAGACCCCUCACUUUUCUCAGCAGGGGCCAAAUAUAGGGGUUUUCCAGGAUGCCAGUAACUACGCCAUCACGACCAUUGCUGGACAGUCUUGUUCUAUGCCACACAGGUUUGGUCCAGACGAGAGAGUGGAGUACGACAUCGAGGCCUCCAUUCACAUGAAGAUUGUGGAAAACCCCAGGAACAGGCGAGGAACGCACCUCAAAGGGGACGUGGAUCUUCCAUCCAUUGGGAGUUUUCUGGAAUAUUUGAACGACUCUUAAUUUGUGAAAGCAUUUAUAUAAUUAGCGCAGCCCGUCCAAAAAUCGUCUUGCCAUAUUUAUUAAUUCUUGUAAAUUAACGAGAAUUCAUCUUGUGAUUAAUUCGUAAUAUACAUGCAAACUGAUGAUUAAAGCUAGCUUUCCGAUGUGACUGAAUUAUUGCAUUAAAUAUUUGAAUAAAGAUCCUACCAAUC